AUGAUUAAAAUUUUUUUAUUACUAAGUUUUUUAUUUUUUGAAAAAUCAUAUUUUACACUACAACAAUUGCAUGUCUUUUUUCGCCAUGGUGAAAGAACACCACUAAAUUAUUUAACAUUCCCCAAUGAAAUAAUUAUAAAUGAUAGUAUACUUUUAUAUGAACCCGGACAAUUAACAGAUAAUGGAAUAAAAAUGGAAUAUAUGGUUGGAAGGAAGUUAGCUUCUAAAUAUAACCUUUUUAUUGCACAAAAUUUUUCAACAAAGGAAAAUGUUUAUGCAACAUCUGGUAUUGAUAAAAGAGUUGUAGAAAGUCUUUUAACUGUUCUUGCAGGAAUGUUUCCACCAUCAAAAAAUGAAAUAAUAUAUGAAUCAUUGAAUUGGAAACCAAUUGCUAUAGUAACAAAUGAAAUAUAUGAUCAUCCUGGAACAGGAUUAUGGAAUUCUUGUCCAAUUUUAAGAAAUAAAAUAACAGAAACAUCUGAAUAUAAGAAAAUUGAUUCAUCAUUUACUGAUGAUAAAAAAAUAUUUUCUCAACUUACAUCACUUAAUAUUCAAACUUUGUAUGAUUUAGAUGUUGCUAUUGAUAAUUUACAAACAAGAUACAUUUUAAAUAAUACAAUACAAAUUCCUUUAUGGGCUAAUACAAAUGAAAUGAAGACAAAAGUUACUCAACUUCACAAUAAUAUACAGUCAUCUUUUUCAAAAUUAUUUGCUAGUAAAAUUGGUGGAUGGCAUCAUCAAACUAUAAUUAAAAAUAUUGAAAAUUUUAUUUUAAAUAAAACAACAAACAAAAUAAAUUUAUACGGAGUACAUGACACAAAUCUUAUGCUUCUUUCUCAAAUGUAUGGAAUACCUAAUCUUAAUGAUACACUUCCCCCAUACUCAUCAUAUAUUAUAUUUGAAGUUCAUCUUAUUAAUAAUAGUUAUUUUAUAAAAACUGAAUAUGGUAAUGGAUCAAAUCUUUUAUCUGUCGAUUCACCUGUUAUAUUUGCUAAAUGUGAUGAGUACUGUUUGUUGUCUGAUUUUGAAUCUUUGGCUCCGAAAAUAACAACCGAAGAAUGGAACAUUGAAUGCAAAGGUUCAGCUAAAUUUUCUAACAUAAAUAUAUCAUUUAUGAUUAUCUCAACAUUACUAAAUAUUAUCCUUUUAUUAAUAUUAUUUUUUACUAUUCUUUAUUUAUUCCAUUACAAAAAAUUAUAUAACUCAUUAAUUGUUAACGAGAAGACCCCUUUAAUAAUUUUAAAAUGA